UACAGAUGAGAGGAGGAGGAAGAGGAGAGAUAGAAAGCUGAUGAUGCAGGUUUGGUCCACAACACACAACCUCACCACUCGCAUCACGCAGCGGCUACACCUCGGUCAAAUAAAUCCAACUUCCAGUGGUCUCAUAAGCUGACGACGUGGAUAUGCGUCCUCAAAAGCUUUGAUUCGACCCCUUUACAUCCUCGUCCUCUUCCUUCUCCUCCUCCCAUCUUUAGCGAGGAGCAUCCCACACACUGAUUUCACUUCGACGGGCAGGCAGUCAAACGGAGUGACAAAAGCCAGACACGAUGCGUGGAUCUGCCCCGCAUGGGACAGCCGUGGGAUUUAUAGUGUUGCUGAACGCGCUGCUGCUUGCCACGCAGGCUGCUGAAGGAGUCUUAACGGACCAUCUUCUGGUUCAGUUGCACGAGGACGCAAACGAUGAGGCGCACCAACUUGCAACACAACAUGGGUUCCAGAGUGCCCGAAAGCUUCCAUUUGGAGAAGGGCUCUUUCACUUCUACCCUCAGGACACAACAAAGAGGCGGAGCAAACGCAAUGCCCGGAGCAGACAACGUCUGGAGAAAGACCGCAGGGUAAAGAAUGUCUUUGAGCAAGAGGGUUUUAGUCGCCAGAAGCGAGGCUACAGAGAUAUCAAUGAUAUUGAAGUCAACAUGAGUGACCCUUUAUUCACCAAACAGUGGUAUCUGAUAAACACAGGCCAGGCAGACGGGACCCCUGGGCUGGAUCUUAAUGUGGCUGAAGCUUGGCAACUGGGCUACACAGGCAAAGGAGUUACCAUCGCAAUCAUGGACGACGGCAUCGACUAUCUGCAUCCAGACCUGGCAUCAAAUUAUAAUGCCGAUGCCAGCUAUGACUUCAGCAGCAAUGACCCUUUCCCAUUUCCACGGUACACAGACGACUGGUUCAACAGUCACGGCACUCGAUGUGCCGGAGAGGUGUCUGCGGCAGCCAACAACAACAUCUGCGGUGUGGGAGUUGCCUACAACUCCAAGGUGGCAGGUAUAAGGAUGCUGGACCAGCCCUUUAUGACUGACAUCAUUGAGGCAUCAUCCAUCAGCCACAUGCCCCAGGUCAUUGACAUCUACAGCGCCAGCUGGGGACCAACCGAUGACGGAAAGACUGUAGAUGGACCCCGUGAGCUCACGCUGCAGGCUAUGGCUGACGGCGUAAACAAGGGGCGCGGAGGAAAAGGCAGCAUCUACGUGUGGGCAUCUGGAGAUGGUGGUAGCUAUGACGACUGCAACUGCGACGGUUACGCCUCCAGCAUGUGGACAAUCUCCAUCAACUCAGCCAUCAAUGAUGGACGCACCGCCCUGUACGAUGAGAGCUGCUCUUCCACCCUGGCUUCCACGUUCAGCAACGGACGCAAAAGGAACCCAGAGGCUGGUGUUGCCACCACAGACCUGUAUGGGAACUGCACGCUACGUCACUCCGGAACAUCAGCGGCAGCUCCAGAGGCGGCUGGUGUCUUUGCUCUGGCGAUAGAGGCAAACCCUAACCUGACAUGGAGAGACAUGCAGCACCUGUCAGUCCUGACCUCCAAGAGGAACCAGCUCCAUGACGAAGUCCACCAGUGGAGAAGGAAUGGCGUGGGUCUCGAGUUCAACCACCUAUUUGGUUAUGGUGUUCUGGAUGCUGGGGGCAUGGUGAAAAUGGCCAAGGAAUGGAAAACUGUGCCUGAGCGUUUUCACUGUGUAGCCGGAUCCAUUCAGGAUGCUCACAAAAUCCAGUCUGGCAACAAACUGGUGCUGGCCAUCACUGCUGACGCCUGUCAGGGGAAGGACAACUUCGUCCGCUACUUAGAGCACGUUCAGGCCGUGGUUACUGUCAACGCCAGCCGCCGCGGCGACCUCAACAUCAAUAUGACCUCGCCCAUGGGCACAAAGUCAAUCCUGCUGAGCAGAAGGCCCCGUGAUGAUAACUCCAAGGUGGGCUUUGACAAAUGGCCCUUCAUGACCACCCACACCUGGGGCGAGGACCCCCGCGGGACCUGGGUCCUGGAGGUGGGCUUUCAGGGCGAAGAACCACAGCAUGGAGCCCUGAAGGAGUGGACCCUCAUGCUGCAUGGAACACAAAGUGCCCCUUAUAUAGACCAGAUAGUACGUGAUUAUCAGUCCAAACUUGCUAUGUCCAAAAAGGAGGAGCUGGAGGAGGAGCUGGAUGAGGCUGUAGAGAGAAGUCUGAAGAGUUUGCUGAGUAAAAACAAUUGAAGUCCCAUCUGCAUGUUGCCAAAUCUUUCACUUUCUCUGAUCUGUCUCCCUCUCGGCAAUCUCGCUUUAUCCUUCUCUAAAUCUCUUCAGUUCUUCCCACUCUCUUGUCAUUCUCCCUUCUGUCUACCUCUCUUCCCCUCUUCACUCUGCUUUUUGUUAUUAAGUGUUUCAAUUAGCACCCAACCUUAAAUGAAUGUUUCUUGUAAUCCAAUCCUGAUAAAAACAGUGUAAACUUUAAUAUGUUCAACAUAGAGAAAGCAAAUUAUAUGACCUGACUUUUUACACUCUACAGAAUUGUACAUAAAUCAAAUAUAAUCCACUCUUUCAUGCUCUUGCUUUAACUGGCCUGCACCUCUCUUCUGCCAACAGUUUUUUCUGUGUCAUUCUACUUAAAGUUUAAUAUCUUGCAAACAGUGACACUUAUUUCUGUUCAUAUUUUUAUGUGACAUGCACUGUUUAUAUAAAACAGAUGUGUAAUUCAUUUAGCAGCCUGUGGUCCUCAGUUCCUAUUUCAUAAUCUUUGACGUAUGCUAUAAUAAAUCUGUUCAGCUGUUUAUUAAA